AUGUCUGAAACGCCACUUCUUCCGAGCCAUGAAUCGAACACCACUUUCCCCCCUGACCCUCCUCCCGUCGAGGAGAUAAGUGACGAAACGGUUGAAAAGGUACAAAAAAUACUCUAUGAUGAGAGCACCACAGUGGCGACAGUGGCAACGUUCCUUUCUGCAGUCGAAGCUCAGUUCUUAGCGAUCGCCCUCGGAGGGAAGAACUGGCACUCUUCCAAUAUCGUUCUGAUAUUCUCUUUGUUGUUCACUUUACUUGGGGGUUUAAAGGCCUGUCAGCGGGCACAUUGGAUGAUUUUUGCGCACCGCGAUGCACUUCGACUGGUCACACACCGAUAUUUGUACAUUACAGGCCGGAUCAAUCACCCUCCUCAUGUCGCAGAUAAGCCAAGGAUUGUUGACCGUUUGAAAGCCUAUUUAUUUGACAACUGCUUCUCUGCAAUUGGCCUCGGAUUGUACCUCUUCAUCCUAUGGCUCGGUGCCUACAUCAUAUCGCGAGACUUCGAGAUGGUUACACGUAUCCUAACACCGAUCGCAUCCUCCCUCGCCUUUUUUAUUGAGCUGCUUGGCCAAAGUGGGAAACUCACUCCUACUAUUGAUCACAUGUGGAUCAGCCGCACAUGGUUCAACCGCAUGGAUGGAUUGGGCUGCAGAUGA